CCUGCUUCGGACACCAUCAUCACGACCACCAACGCCACACGAAGCAACUAGAAACAGUGCACCAUGUCCACGUUUGGCGGUCCAGGCGGGCGGACGACGUUCAGCAAACCCACUCCGCCCGAGCGUGGUUCUUUUCCUUUGGAUCACGAAGCAGAAUGCCAGCCCAUCAUGAAGCAAUAUCUGCGCUGUAUCAAGUCGAAACGAGGCGUCAAUGAUGAAGAGUGCCGCCAGUUGAGCAAGGGUUAUCUACAAUGCCGCAUGGAUCGCAACCUGAUGGCACCCGAUUCCAUGCGGAACUUGGGCUUCCAAAGUGCAGAAGACCAAGCACAAGAUGCGAUGCGAGCACAGGUCAAAGCGGACCUGGACGCCGAGCAGGAGGCAAACAAACGCCGCGAGUGAUACGCGUACAGGCCCUACGUAUUGAGACAAACAUCUGCAAAAAAGUGCACGAGCCGUGGUCAAACUUGUCUUGCCGACACACUCGUCGUGCGCGAAAGGUUGUGUACCUACCGGCUUUCCCAACACCUGCGCUCAAAGCUCAGAGCCAGAUUACUGUCUGAGAGUCAUUACAGUAUUCUUUGAACAGGACGCAAGGGGCGACGGAAACAGCAGAAACAGUCUCACCUAUGCGACGUGGCAAUGUCUUUCAUGAUAAAAGCGCUCGUGUACGCCACAAGCCAGCGCUAGCUGCAAGCUACACUGCCUUUUUACGCCAGACUUGCAUAUGGAGAUGAUGACAGGCUCUGGAGGUCUCAGUAGGGCUUGGGCGCUAGAACUCGUCUAACCUGCCUCUAUGAAUGACCCUGGGAGGCGCAGCUCCAGCAAGCUAAAAAGCAUUCGACAGCGCGGAAUGACUACCCUGCGACUGUCGAUCGCAUUCCGGUUUGUUGCUCACUCCACCGAGUCCACCCGGAGGUGUCUCAACCGAUGUAGGUAGGCACCUUAUACUUGGUUAGAAAGUGAUAGUCCAAGACAUGGUACGCCUUACUGCUCAGAAUGAAACAAAAUCCAUCCAC